UAACAAGUCAAUUACCUUUCCAUUCGAAAAUCGAAAAAAUAUUUCUCGAAUUGCGCUCUCACCAAAUUCCAACAUUUUGCUCUCUAUAGAUGAAGGAAAAAACAUUCAAGUAUGGAAAUCACCAGGAUUAAGUCGGGAAUUUGCACCAUUUGUCAUGCAUCACAAGUACACAGGACAUUAUGAUGAGGUCACGUCAAUAACAUGGUCUACCGAUUCUCGAUUUUUUCUUUCUACUUCAAAAGACAUGACUGCAAAACUUCAUUCUUUAUUCCCUAUUGAAAAUUUCACAACUGUAACAUUUUCAGGUCAUAGAAACUAUGUUGUCGGUGCAUAUUUUUCGAAAGAUCAAAGUAUGAUAUACACCGUUAGUAAAGAUGGUGCACUCUUUAUUUGGAAAUUCGCCUCUCAAACUCUAACCGAAGAAGAUGAACAAUAUGAAGAAAUGGAUAUUGAUAAUGCAAGACCGGAAUUAACGCAAUCUAAAAAAUGGACUAUCUCAUCCCGUCAUUAUUUCAAUCAAUCUGGGGCUAAGGUGAUUUGUUCUGCUUAUCAUAUAGAAUCAAACUUAUUAGUAGUCGGGUUUUCAUCUGGAAUUUUUGGAAUUUGGGAAAUGCCCGAAUUUAAUAAUAUACAUACAUUAAGUAUUUCACAAAAAGCAAUAGAUUCAGUAGCAAUCAAUUCAACUGGUGAAUGGCUGGCGUUUGGGUCUUCAAAACUGGGCCAACUUUUGAUUUGGGAGUGGCAAUCUGAAUCAUACGUUCUUAAACAACAAGGGCAUUAUUAUGAUAUGAAUACGUUAUCAUAUUCUUCGGAUGGUCAAAAUAUUGCAACCGGAGGUGAUGAUGGUAAAGUCAAAGUGUGGAAUACCAUGUCAGGAUUUUGUUUUGUUACAUUUUCCGAGCAUACUUCCGGUGUUAGUGUGGUAGAAUUUGCAAAAAACGGUCAUGUUUUAUUUUCUGCCUCUUUGGAUGGAACAGUUCGCGCCUUUGACUUAAUUCGUUAUAGAAAUUUUAGAACAUUUACGUCGCCAACACCAGUUCAAUUUACUGCAUUAGCUGUUGGUCCAAGUGGUGAAAUUGUUUGUGCCGGUUCAAUGGAUACUUUUGAAGUUUUUGUAUGGUCAGUACAAACCGGUAAAUUAUUAGAUAUUAUGGCAGGGCAUGAAGGUCCUAUUAGUGGAUUGGCUUUUAGUCCUACAGGUUUAUUAUUGGCAUCAAGUUCAUGGGAUUCUACGGUUCGUAUUUGGGAUGUAUUUGAACGCAGUAAACAUGUCGAUGUAUUUCGACACACAUCAGAUGUUUUAGCUGUAGUGUUUCGACCCGAUGGAAAACAAUUAGCUGCAUCUACUUUGGAUGGACAAAUUAGCUUUUGGAAUGUUGAAAAUUGUGAUCAGAUAGGAACUAUAGAAGGAAGAAAAGAUAUAUCAGGUGGAAGAAAAGCCAAUGAUCGAACAACAGCUGCUAACUCUUCUUCUGGAAAAUCUUUUAAUAGUAUAUGUUACACGGCUGAUGGGUCAUGUGUGAUUGCUGGUGGAAAUAGUAAAUACAUUUGCCUUUACGAUGUUAAAGAAAAAUUAUUACUGAAAAAAUAUCAGAUAUCACAUAAUUUAUCAUUGGAUGGAAUACGAGAAUUUUUGAACAGCAAGCAUAUGACUGAAGCGGGGCCUCUUGAUUUAAUAGAUCAAUCCGGAGAUCUUAGCGAUCUGGAAGAUAGACUUGAUACUAGUUUACCUGGAACUCAAAAAGGUGACCUUUCCAUACGAAAGAUUCGACCAGAAAUUCGUGCAAAAUGUGUAAAAUUUUCACCAACAGGCAGAUCUUGGUCUGCUGCAUCAACUGAAGGUUUACUUAUUUAUUCGUUAGAUGAAAUAUUGCUUUUUGACCCUUUUGAUCUGGAGAUGGAUAUUACUCCGAGCUCAAUUCUGAAAACAUUGAACUCCAAAGAUUAUUUAAAAGCCCUUGUUAUGUCUUUUAGGCUUAACGAACGUUAUAUAAUACGUCAAGUUUACGAAACUAUUCCGCCUGAUGAUAUAGAAUUAGUUAUUAAAGAUUUACCUGAAAAAUACAUUGACAAAUUUUUUAAAUUUAUUGCUAUUAACAUAGAAGAAUCACCACAUCUUGAAUUUCAUUUGUUAUGGGUUAUUAAAUUAUUAACUACUCAUGGUAAAUAUUUGAGGCAGCGUUCAAACGAGUUUUCUACUAUACUCCGCUUGUUACAAAAGGCAAUCAGCAAAGUACAAGAUGAUAUAGCAAAAUUGUAA